AUGGACGUUCAAGUGGACGAAGCGGUUUUGCAAAAGGCCAAGGCGCUGCAGCAAGCCAACGAAGAAGAGAUACAGGCGAAAAAGCUAAAACCGCAGUCGGAGGGGUUACUAAGUCCGAAGAGCGACCUCCUUCAGGUGACGGACAAGGGGUGCAGAAGCAGGAUACGAAUCUGUAAUGUGUUAAAUGUGCCCAAAAGUGAAGCAGAGUUUAAUGAUUCCUCCAGGAAAAAUGAAUAUAUAGACCAGGUAAUCACCGUGUGUGGCUGGAGCAAAGCGGUGAGGAAGCAGGGAGGGGGUAGGUUCUGCUUCGUCAACCUAAAUGACGGCUCUUGCCAUUUAAAUUUGCAAGUAAUUGUGGACCAGUCGAUAGAUAAUUACGAGAAGCUCCUAAAGUGUGGGGUCGGGUGCUGCUUCCGAUUCACGGGGAAGCUCAUAAUCUCCCCUGUUCAAAAUGAAGAGAAAAAAGGGCUCUUAAAGGAAAACGUAGAAUUGGCCUUGAAGGACAAUUCCAUUCACAACUUUGAGAUUUAUGGGGAGAACUUAGAUCCUCAGAAAUACCCCCUUUCGAAGAAGAACCACGGAAAGGAGUUUUUACGAGAAGUGGCUCACUUGCGGCCGAGGAGCUACUUCAUCAGCUCAGUUAUUAGGGUUCGAAACGCUCUCGCGACUGCCACCCAUUUGUUUUUCCAGAGCAGGGGCUUUCUCUACGUGCACACGCCGUUGAUUACUACUUCGGAUUGUGAGGGCGGUGGGGAGAUGUUCACGGUGACGACGCUGCUGGGGGAGGACGCCGAUUAUGGGGCUAUUCCGCGGGUGAGGAAGGCGGUCAAGGGGGGGCAGAAGCGGGAGGACAAUGUGCAGUCCGCCGGGCAGUCCGCUGGGCAGUCCGCCUCGGUAGGGGCAGAUACUCAUGGCGCCCCCCCCGCGCAGUACCUGAUCGACUACAAGAAGGACUUCUUCAACAAGCAGGCGUUCCUCACGGUGAGCGGUCAGCUAUCCCUGGAGAAUCUGUGCUCCUCCAUGGGAGAUGUAUACACCUUUGGUCCCACCUUCCGAGCGGAGAACUCACACACCUCGAGACACCUGGCAGAGUUCUGGAUGAUCGAACCAGAGAUAGCCUUCGCAGAUAUAUAUGACAAUAUGGAGCUAGCCGAAUCGUAUAUUAAAUACUGCAUAGGGUAUGUCCUUAAAAAUAAUUUUGAUGAUAUUUACUACUUUGAGGAAAAUGUAGAAAAGGGUCUAAUCAGUCGGCUUCGAAAUAUCCUGGAUGAAAAUUUUGCCAAGAUAACUUAUACGAAUGUGAUUGACCUACUGAUGCCAUUCUCUAACCAAUUUGAAGUACCCGUCAAGUGGGGAAUGGACUUACAGUCUGAGCAUGAGAGGUUUGUGGCGGAACAGAUUUUUAAAAAGCCAGUCGUUGUGUAUAACUAUCCUAAGGACUUAAAAGCUUUUUAUAUGAAAUUAAAUGAAGACCAAAAAACUGUUGCUGCCAUGGAUGUACUGGUCCCCAAAAUUGGGGAAGUUAUUGGUGGAUCCCAAAGAGAGGACAAUUUAGAAUUGCUGGACAAAAUGAUCGUUGAGAAGAAGCUGAACAUGGAGAGCUACUGGUGGUACCGGCAGCUGAGGAAGUUCGGCUCGCACCCCCACGCCGGCUUCGGCCUGGGCUUCGAGCGCCUCAUCAUGCUCGUCACCGGCGUGGACAACAUCAAGGACACCAUUCCAUUUCCCCGCUACCCGGGACACGCCGAGUUUUGA